AUGUUGAUGAGACCAAUUGAAAGAAAGACAAACGUAUUACCAGACAAGGAUGAAGAAGGCAAUAACAAUGAUUUAAUAGGUAAUGGACUUUCUGAUAAAAAACUUUCUUCAAAUGAAAGAAUUAAAGAUGAGAGUGAACUUGAAGUGAAGGAGAAUCUAAUACCAAAAGGUGUUGAUGGAAUAGAGAACUUAGGACAAAAAACUAGUAGUUCUGAAGAUGACAGAAAUAUACAAGUGAAGCCUUCUGAAUUGUUUGGAAGUUCAGCCGAUAUUUCAGUGACAAUAUCCAUGGAAGGAAUUAAUUUAGCUGAUUCCAAAUUGGAAUCUGAUUCGAAAAUGAAAAUUAACACGGACCUUUAUCAGGAUGAAAAAGGCAGAAAUUGUUGUAUGCAGUUUUUAUUUACUUUAUUUGACUUUUCAUUGUUUAAGAAUGCUCAGUUUAUCCUAUUAAUGACAUCAUCAGUUCUCGUCUGUGCUGCCUGCAGUAUUCCUAUUACUUACAUUCCACCUUUUGCUAAAGACAAAGGAUUACAGACAGAAUUAAUUGGAUACCUCGUAACAAUUUCGGCUGCAAGUGACUUAGUAGGCCGAUUUCUAUUUGUAUUUAUUGCCGAUACCAAGAAAAUUGAAAGGCAUCAUAUGAUGACAAUUGCAAUGAUCGCCAAUGGAGCUACAUGUUUCAUGGCAUUUUUUUCUACAAACUUUACAUACCUUGCGCUUUUUGGCAUCCUUCAGGCUAUGUUUGGCGGAGUUUACUAUUCCAUGAUUAAUGUUCUGGUAGUUGAUUUCAUUGGAUUGGAAAAACUAAAGUACGGAAUAGCAUUUGGAGCGGUAACGAGGGGAAUAUCAAUAGCUGUGACUUCAUUGGCUGUUGGUAUUUUACGAGAUUCCACUGGUAGUUAUGUUGCGGGAUUUUCUUUGAUGGGAGUGUGCUCAAUUGUUGGGGGAGUAAUUUUACUUUUCAAGGCUUUUGUGUCAAGAUGA